GCAAAGGCCAGAGGGAGAGUUUGUGAGAAGGGACAAGUAAGUAGAGGUAGUAGAUCAAUAGAGCUACCACUUCAGCAACAUGAAAGUAUUCUUCCUACUUCUGUGCAUCACAGCAGCUCAAAUGUCUGAUGUUAGUUCGGUGGACCUUGACAGUCUAACUGAUUAUGACGAAGAUUUAGAAUAUCAUGGUGGGAUGGAAGGUGAAGUGUACCCAGUAAUUGAUCCUCGUGGACACAGACCAACGUCUGGUCAUGGAGACAGGCCAUUGCCAAGUUUGCCAAAGCCAGCGGGUAGGCCAACAUACGAUGUUGCAAGAAAAAGAACUUCAAGCCUGCUCCCAGUUCCAGAAAAACAGGCCAAAAUAUCUGAUGAAAUUGAGGUGUCUGAUCAAGGAGGAUGCAUGCAUCUCAGCAGUGAACUGUGUGUAAUGUGCCCUACUGGUUGUGUAUUGAGAACUGACCUCCUGAAGCAGGAACGCGAUAUUAAACCAGUCAUUACAAGUUUGCAAAGCAAUGUUUCAAGUCUUAGUCGCUCGAGUCACUCGAUUCAGUAUUAUGUGGAAAAGAUGGACAAGGAGCUGGAACGGAGACGUUCACAAUACACAGGUAACAAUUAUGUAGUGGAAUCAUAUAGUACAGAGUUGGAGGAGCGUUUUAUCCUGAUAAAGGACACCAUGGACAGGAGUCUUCCCUCCACCAUCCGUAUGAUGCGCUCCAUUGUGGACAGCUUCAAAGAAAAGCUGCUGAAGCUUGAACGAGCAUUGGAGACUCAGAAAGGUUACUGCAAAGAUCCAUGCGUAGUUUCCUGUAACAUACCAGCAAUAUCAGGAAAAGACUGUGAUGAAAUUCGCAGUAAGGGCGGUGACACAUCCCAACUCUACUUAAUCCAGCCAGAUUCCUCCCAACCCUACAAAGUGUUCUGUGACAUGACAACAGACAUGGGAGGAUGGACACUAAUUCAAAAUCGAAAGGAUGGCAGUGUGGACUUUGGGCGGACCUGGGACGACUACAAAAAAGGAUUUGGAAACAUUGCAUUCGAUGUGGGAAAAGGUUAUUGCGAUACCCCAGGAGAAUAUUGGCUCGGAAACGAUCGGAUCAGCCGACUGACCAAAUUGCGAGAUUCAGAGCUUCUCUUUGAGAUGAGUGACUGGAAAGACAAUAAAGUGACAGCUAGCUACAGAAAGUUUUUAGUACAGAAUGAAGUUGGCAAAUACCGACUGACUGUAGAUGGUUACUCAGGCACGGCUGGUAAUACGCUGAUGGAUGGAGCAAAAACGCUGUAUGGCUAUAAUAGAACCAUGACUAUCCACAAGGACAUGAUGUUCAGCACAUUUGACCGAGACAAUGACGGCUGGAUUCCUGGAGAUGUAACCAAACAGUGUGCAAGAGAGGAUGGUGGUGGCUGGUGGUAUAACCGCUGUCACUCAGCAAAUCCAAAUGGCCGAUACUAUUGGGGUGGGGGAUACACAAGAGAAAUGGCAAAACAUGGCACAGACGAUGGGAUUGUGUGGAUGGACUGGAAAGGGUCGUGGUAUUCUUUGAAAAAGAUGAGCAUGAAAAUCCGAACAUAUCUGGAUCCAUCAGCUCAUGGGAUGAUUCAACAGUCUCAAUCUUUCCAGUAGAAAGAACAUUUUAAAAUGUUGCCAACAAUAAUAAACAAUGCAAAGCUUUCAAACU